UGAUUGCCCGACCCGGAGUGCCCGACGAGCGGACGCGGGCCGGCACCAUGGGCGACGAGCCAUUUCUGCGCUCGCACUGUCCUGGCGGCGCCGGGUGCUACUGCGACGGCGCCGAGCACGUGUACGUGCGGGAGCGCACCGCCACGCCGCCGCGAUACGUGUCCAGGAGCUCCAGAAAUCGACGGACGUCUAAUAAGAGCAACAGUGUAGAGACUGUCACGCUCAGUAAAAUCAAUGCCCUCUCGACCGUCUCCACCUCUAGCACGGCGUCGGUAGCGAUGGCGUCGGCACCGCGGCUGCGCCCGGCGGCGCGGUCCGGCGCCGCCGAGGUCACCAGCCACGGCCGCAGGUCACACCGGACCAGCGGCCAGCAGGCUAUCGACCCCGCGCUCAAGGAGUACCUGGCCUACAGCAGCGACGAGGAGUUUGAGGAGUUCAUGAGUAAGCCCAAGACGGACUACACGUACGCGCGCAGCGUCAGCUACAACGUCAUCAGCCCGGAGCGGGUGACGCCGCCUAACAUGUCGCGCCGCUGCCUGCACUCUCCGGGGAGCACGCCGGCGCUCGACCGCUUCGAUACGCUGGCGUCCUCCAGAGCCGUGCGCAGCUUUCGGCGGGAGGUCACCUCGCACGUUACCACCAGCGUUUCCACCGCCUCGAAAGGAGGGUUGUACGAGAUCUCCAGAGGCCUGGACGCCGACUCGGGAGACGAGGAGUGGGCCGAGAUGGAGAACAACAACGUCUCCAAGUCGUUGGCGACGGGGCGCUAUCUCUCGCACGAGACAAAGACCCGCUGGACCGCCCGCUCGGUGGUCACCACCCUGCUGUACCCGUUCACGUACCUGUGGCUGGCGGCGAGCGGCGCCGGCCGCCGGCUGCUCCGGCGCCAGCACAGGCCACCGACACCCGACGCCGCACUCGCCGCCGCUCCCGCCGCCGACACGGUCGACUACCGGCGCUGGAUGCGCGGCCUGAGCCAGCCGCCGGCCGCGCGGACGGCGUCCGGCCUGACCGAGUCGCACUACUGGCUGCGUGCCGUCACCACCACCAGCGACUUCCUGAACCCGGCGCCGAUGGUGCGGUCCGGCUGGCGCACCGUCACCAGUGCCGUCAGCACCACCAGCGACUACCUGAACCCGGCGCUGGCUGUCGGCACCGGGCUGCAGUGGACCGGGGGCCUGUACUGCGAGGACGACUCGGCGGCGGCGACGGCGGCGGCUAGCGAGUCAGCCCUGCUGCGGCAGCUCAAAGCCGCCCCGACCACCGCCUGGGCCGUCCUCAAGGACACGGCCGCAUUCGUGGGAACCAACACGGUGAAGACGGCUAGCGUGAGGCCGUGGGUCUCGGUCGGCGCUGCUGUGGGCGCAGCGUUCCGGCGCCGUUCAGUCCCGCCGCGUCCCGGCUGA